AUGAGCAACACACCUGUCCAGGAGCCACCUGCCCAGGAACUGUCCUCAGGCAGUGUGCACACGUUACCUUCCCGACCCUUACAGCCAACCUCUGACCCCUCAGCUUCUAAAAGAGUAUGCUUCUACAAAAGCGGUGACUAUAAAUUCAGUGGGCAUCGCAUGGUCAUCAAUGCCCGCACCUUCAAGACAUUUGAUGGCCUACUGGAUGCUCUGUCAAAGAAAGUGCCUCUGCCGUUUGGGGUGAGGACAGUCACCACACCUCGAGGGACCCACCUGAUUAAGGCUUUGGAUGACUUACAUGACGGGGGAUCGUAUGUGUGUUCUGAUCAGAAACGGGUGAAGCCAUUAAACCUGGAUGAAGUGAACCGGCGGCAGGUGCCAUGGAAUGCCACCAGACCCCACAGCGCAGGGCGGCGGAGACGACAAGGAUCUUUGUUUGGUCAGUUUGGCAGGAGGAAUGACGUCCUCACCAACAGGCCAGCAAAGGUCACUGAGAGGGUGGCAGUUCGGACACCAAAGAAGCUUAUGGUCAUCAAAAACAGGGAUCCCACUGUUAAACGCACAAUAGUAUUGCAGAGAAGAACAGCACCAACGUUUGAUGCUUUACUGGAUUACCUCUCCCAGAUUCUGCAGUUCCCAGUGUUGAAACUCUUCUCUACAGACGGCAGGAGAGUUGACGGUCUCGCAGGACUUAUCCUGUGCUCUGGAGUUGUUGUGGCAGCGGGCAAUGAGCCAUUCAGAUUAGCAAACUACAGUUUUCAAGGAACGGGCCAGAUGGCACAAGUGAUGUAUACGGACACUAUGGAGCCAUCUACGCUACAGCCCAGAUCUCAGAACAACAAAUCUUUGUCGAGUGGAAGAGGCUCAAGGAAUUUUUCCUUAUCAUCAGAGAGAUAUAUUGUCAACCAGAUAAACAAGUCCAGAAAUGGAAGCAUGAACACCAACCUACAUCACCACAAUACAUCAUUUGAAACUGUGGUCAACCAUCGUCCCACAUCUGUAGAGACACGUGGAACUGGGAGGGUCGAUAAUGAGCAUCAUUCUUGCAUUGUACCUCAGGACGAUGACAUCGAAAAGUCUUUCCGUGUCAAUCAAGAUGGCAGCAUGACAGUGGAGAUGAAAGUUCGUCUGACCAUUAAGGAGGAAGAGAUGCUCCACUGGACAACCACACUCAGCCGCUCCAGCCUUAGAAAGGGGACAGUUUGUGCCUCGAUUUCAGAGUCAGGCAACAGCUCACCUGACUCAAACAACGCCAUUGCCAAAGACUCCUCUAGCAUCAGUGAAGAUGAAACGAAAGAGGAGAACCAUUCCGCUGGAGCUGGAAAGUGUGUCGGCUUUAACAACGAGCGAGCAUAUGAGGGCUACGCAUCCACGGCUUUGGGGAAAGGAAAAACUGGUUUCAAACGCACUCCUACUCCAGGUCCUCGGCACGUUAUGAAGAAGGCGUCUAUUGAGAGUGUGAAGACAGUGACUGAGUCAGGGGUUCAGGAAAGCACCCUGGGACAUUAUUCCUAUAUGGAAAGGAUGGCUGAUGGUGAGAUGACUGAGGGAUACUGCGUUGUCAGACAGAGUAGCAGCAGCAACAAGCCAAUCCCAAAGCCUCGGAAAACAGCAUCUGCUGGAGCGAGCAACAAAGGCUCCCACUCCUCCAUCAGGUCGUCAGGAGUAGCUGAAGUCCUUCAGAUACAGAAUAAUGGGAUGGAGGUUACAGAGACUGUGAUGCAUAUUUAUGAGAGUCAAGGCUGCUACGACAACUACUUUGCAAAUGAGGAAUACAGCACAGAUGGUGUGCCCUUACAAGGCUCCACUCCAGCCCCAGAAAGCAGACCGUCCACUGACUCACUGUGUCGUUCAUCCAGCAAUGAUUGUGAUAUAGAUUUUAGCCGGCAACCACCCACUACUGACUCACUACAAAGACAGAGAGAGGAAAUGUUGUCAUUGUCAUCAGAGCCAAUAACUCCAACACAUGAGAUUAUUGCAACAAACUCCCAAACACAAGAGACAGUAAAGAAUGACAAAACUCUUAAAAGUGAGACAAAGAAAAAGAUGAAUAAACCUGCUCGGAAUCAGAAGGCUUCAACUUCAACAAGCAGCUCAGAUAAAAAGCAAAAGGACAGCAUGGUAACCCCUUCAAAAAGUAGCAAACAUUCAUCUACAGACAAGCUCAGCAGCAAUGCCAGUGCUGGAAAAAAGACUUUAAGUUCAUCAGAAAGUGCUAACGGUGGUCGAAAGAGUAGAGGAGCAGAAAAGCCUCAAAUUAAGAAGGGUGAAAAGACAGCCAAGAUAGAGCAAGCCUUAUUAGCUAGCACCGAAAAUGUGAGAAAGACUCCACCCAAGAGGCAAAACAUAACUAAAGCAGCUGCUAGAGAUAAUGGCCACAAUGUAAAUACUCCAACUGUAAGGCCUCAAAUGAAGAAGAACAUGUCAGACAUUUUACAACCCAAGAAAUCACAUUUGUCAGGCAAAAAGACAGUCAGCAAGCCCAAAUCCAUGACUGAAAACAGAACACCAUCACCUAAAAAGGCUUUAGAGUUGGCUGAGAGUUUUUCGAUGCCUUCUCUCAAUCCUUCACCCGCUGAAAUCCACCAAUAUGUUGAGAACUGGUUGGACAAAGUCAACCCAGACCCAGUGCCAUAUGCUGAGGAGGCUAUCACAGAUGAAUCAGAGCCCCAGACAAAAGUUAUGUUUCAGAUUGGCGGUGAUUCUGAAUCGGACGAAAAGACAGAAUGCCAGUCUCAUCUAGAUGAGAAUGUUCCAUCACCCGCUGAUAGUAUCAAGAAAUCAGCCUCUUGUCUAUCAGUACCUCACUGUCAUGAACCUACAACUCUGCUACCCAAUGACCAGUAUAUGAGAGGUUUAUGUGUUUCAAUGCCGAGUGUCAGAGUCGAUCCUGUGUAUGAGGAGAACAGACUGAGGCCGCACAAAUCUGCAGAGGCCAUCGGUCCAGCUGACAAUCCGUCAUCUUCUUCUGCAUCCAAUGUUAUGGAGUCAAGAGCAAAAAUAAAACCUGUCCUGCGGGAACUUUACUCAUCGAUUCACUGCAUCAGAAGUGUGUGUGAAACCAACACAACAUCCAACCUUGAGAAGUCAAACAGCCUUCCCGAUUUCUCAGCACAGGUGGCGUCAGUGUUCGGCUCGUCAUGUAAAGCCUUCAUGUCAUUCUUAUCAGUGAUGACUCUGCGAGAUAACCUAUCUGGGUCUAUGCCGGGACUUAGCAGCCAAUCAAGAAGCCCCUCCGAGGCCAUGCUGAUGUUGGAAUCCCUGCAAAAGAUUUCUGCCAUCGAGGAUGAGGAAGAGCUGAGGGCAAGUCUGACGGAUCUGCAGAGUAGAGCGUCUUCUCAGUUGAGAGAACGCUGGAAGGAUUUCCAGAUCAUGAGAGAGAGGCUUGAAAGUGAACCGCUGUCUCCCAGAGUUUCAGAAACAGAAUUCGCCCUGGAUGUUUUCUCUGAAGGGGGCGAUGCUUUCGAGGACAUUGAUGAGCUGAUGGACGAGCUGAAUAUGCCAGAAGACCUUAGAGCAGAGAUUUCUUCAACAAUCCAACAAGCUAAAAGUUUUUACCCUGUAGAGGAGAGCACCUUUGUAGAAACUGAAGUAAACCAGUCGGACACGGAGGAAGAUGUGGAAAAAUUUGGUGAAGAAUGCAAUGAUGAAACGAAACAAUCACCGGAGCCUGAUACUACAUGUACAGCUGAGGAUAUUACUACUAAUAAUUAUUUUGAACGGGCCAAAAUGCUGAAAGAAUCAGAGCAAGAACCUGAAAAAGAAUCAGAAAUAUCACAGACAGAAAAAGAUGAGCCCUUAAUAGACAAAGGAAAUGAAAAAGAACAAAAGGAAGAAGAGGAACAAGAUGAGGAGGAUAGAGAGGGGGUGACUGAUGGAGAGGAUGGAGAUACCAAAGAGACAGAUGAUGAUGGUGGGGGUGGUGAGUUUAAAGAGACUGAAACAGGUAAAACAGAAAGGGAGGAAGAGGCAGAAGAGGGGGAAGUGACAGAAGUGGAUGACAAGGGGCAGGAGAUUUCAGAAACAGCAAAAGGAAGUGUAAAGAAGGAGGAGGAAAAAUCUGUUCAGGAAGUCAGGGAAGGGACAGAGGAAGAGAUGACAGUGGAUGAGGAUGAAGAGGAAGAGAAAUUAGAAGAAAAAAGUGAAGAAGAGGAAGAAGGAAAUACUGAAGAAGUGGAGGAAGUGGAGGCAGAUGAGGUUACUGGGGAGAAAGAUGAAGGAGAGGAAAUAGGCAGUAUUGAAGAAGUGGAGGAGGAGGAGGAAGAAGAUGAAGCAGAAGUGGAAGAGGGAGAGGAAGAGGAAGCAGAUGAGGAAGGAGAGGAAGUAGGAAAUAUUGAGGAAGUGGAGGAGGGAGAGGAGAAGGAGGAAGAAGAAGAAGCAGAUCAUGAAGACUUUCAGGAGGAAGCAGGGGAUGGUAUUGAGCUUAUUGAGGAAAACAAUGAGGAAAUGAAGGAAGUUAUUGAGGAAAUAGAUAAAGGAGAUGAGGUAAUUGAAGAGACGGAGGAGGAGAAGGAGGAAGAAGAAACAGAUAUGGUCACUGAGAGAGCUGUAGAGGAGGAGGUUAUUGAGGAGGAGGAUGAGGAAGAUGAAAAGGCUGGGGAAGAAGAUGAGGAAGAGGACAAAACAGAGGUGGUAAGUGAGGAAAACGAUGAGGAAAUAGAGCAAGAACAAGAGGUGGUGGAGGAUGGUGAGGCUGUUGAGGUUAUAAAUAUUGAAGAAAGGGGUACUACCGAUGAGGAAGAGGAGGGAGAAGACAUUGACAAGAAUAUAGAGGAGGAAGAAGAGUGUAGCGAGGGUGAAGAAAGUGGGAAAGAGCUGGAGAAAACAGGAAGUAGUCUUGACGAAGAAUCGGAGAAAGAGAAAGACGUUGUGGAGGAGAUCGAGAUUAAAGAAAAUAUGAAAUCAGGGGAAAUGCUAGUUGAAGAGGUGGGGGAAGACGGUGAAGACAAUGAAAGUAAUGAGUUAAAUGAGGGUUUAGAUGAAGAGGAAGAGCAAGAAUCAAAGGAUGAGGUAGAGCAAGAUAAUGCUACCGAUGAUGCACAUAGUAUUACCAGUGGUACAGAUUGUAAAAACGUGCUAGAGGAGGCCUCAUAUUUGCAGCAGCAGAGUAGCGAAGAAGCAGAUUUUGAUACAAAGGUAGCAGAACAUAACGCUGAACCAUCAACCAAAUCCUCUGAGGGUCAGUGUGAGGAUGAUAAAGGUAAUGGAACAGACACCGUUAAUGAACUUGAUACAGAAGAUGGAGGGGAGCCUCAUGAGGGAGGAAGCGGCAAUCUGCCACAUCCAGUUGAAAUAUCACAGGAAUUACUUGACUUCGUUAACUCUGCCCUGCAGUCCUCUUCACUUAUAUUCACGUACGACCCUCAGGGGAACAUCAGGAUAGAGCCAGAUAAAGCUCGAGUAACACAAACUAAGCAAAUUGAAAUCCCAAAAAGCAAAAAGGAUGUUUCAUAUGGCUUAAAGCGUCUCCCGAGCCCGAGCACCUCGGAUUUGUCUGACUACAGGCCAGAAACUUCAGAGAGUGGUGGAUAUAAAACUCAAGACUCUGUAGAUAUUGUCACAGAGAGUGGAGAAGAGUCUUCUUCAGUCUGCCAACGUAGGACUGAUAACUCUAACAGAAGGACAAAUGCUGAGCGAGUUAACUCCAAUCUGUCCGUUGCAAGUCACUCAGAGGAGUUGCAAAAUUCCCAAUUAAAAAGUGGAGGUAGUUUCUCCUCUUUUGACUCAGGCACUAAGGCCUCAAAGGAGGACCUGUCUUAUUUCAGUGCUGCAAGCUCACAAAAGGCAGAUACCGAACCUGUCAGAGAGGCCACAGGGUGCAUUUCUUCCUCCCCAGAAAAAGACUUAGCUGAUGGGGUUUUGAUAGACCAAGGUAGAUGGUUGCUCAAGGAGAAUCACCUCAUCAGAAAAUCUCCUCCAGUCUCCCUGGGAAUGUACGGUCAAUUAGACAGCACAUCCAUAGACACAAGUCAGGAAAACAAUAGCGAGGAUUCCCCGUCUCAUUGUAAAACCCAGCACAACCCUCUUGUAGCUAUAUCCUCAUCAGAGCUUGAGGAGAUGGCAAAGCCACAAACUCCAAAGUGCACCUACUACAACAUGUCACAUGGAAGUGAUUCGGACCCCUUUUUGGAUGAUUCCAGUGUCAAAAGUGCGAAAAAAGAUGCAAGCAGCGUAAAAGGGAGAGGCGUCAGGGUGUCACCUACGAUUGAUACAACCAAAACCUGGGCGAGUAAAAAUGGUAGUCUGUCUUCAUUUGCAUCAGUUGAGUUUAAAAUACCAGACAGGAAAGUUCAUCCUGAGGGGGAGCCCUCAGCUGUGACAAGGGCAAGAAGGACAUCUAGUGGAGGGGGGAGUGUACUGCAAGCACAAGACUCCCUCGACACUUUACAUGUGAGAUGUGGCCAAUACUGUCCCAUUCUAUAA